AGUCUCUUGCGCCUGAAAGAGAAGCGUCUUCUCUUUGACCCAAUGACCACACCAAUUGACGGUAAAUAUUCCAUGGGCAUCAACAAUCAUCACGCUAUCGCUGAUUACCAGCANGUCACUGGCAGACACGCUUUUCAAGCACCAAACUUCGACAAAGGUGAUCAAAGAGGUCCUUGUCCUGGACUGAAUGCGCUUGCCAACCAUGGCUACAUAUCUCGUGAUGGUAUCGUUGGCGUAUUAUACGGUAUGGGUAUCGACCUGAUCACCGUCCUUGCGGUCAUGGGUACCGUGGGCGUUGGCAANCCCCUAUCUCUGAAUCCUGGCUUUUCCAUCGGCGGCAAGAACAGAAAGGCAAGCAAUCUCCUCGGUAACCUCUUCGGACUGCUCGGUACACCAAGAGGUCUAGACGGCGCUCACAACUGGAUUGAAUCUGACUCGUCGAACACGCGCGAUGACCUGUAUGUCACGGGCGAUGCUUCCACCAUGAACAUGACCCUCUUUCUGGAAGCCUACAACUCCUCGGACGACUUUGUUCUUUCCAUGGACGAUAUUGGCGCUCGUGCUGCAAAGCGAUUCCAAGAAAGUAUUUCGAUCAACCCAAACUUUUACUACGGCCCUUACACUGGCAUGGUCGCCCGCAACUCUGGUUAUGCCUUUACUGGGCGCAUCUUGAGUAACCACACCAAGGAAAACCCUAUGGGAGGUCAUUUGACAAAAGAUGUUUUUGCCAGUUUCUACGCCGUCUACGAAGAGAACGGCGAACUCGUCUACCGUAAAGGCCAUGAGCAAAUCCCCGCAAACUGGUACAGAAGGCCCAUGGACUAUGGUCUCAUCGAACUCAACCUCGAUCUCGUAGCCUGGUUCCUCAAAUACCCCAUUCUCGCCAGCAUCGGCGGAAACCUUGGGAAAGUAGACAGUUUCGCUGGUCUGGACCUCGAAGACAUCACUGGAGGUGUUUUGAACGCCGUAUCACUGCUGGAAGACAACAAUUUGGUUUGCUUUGUGCUUGAGAUUGUCAAGACGUUUUCGCCAAACUCGCUGUCUUCGCUGUUCAAGACUCUUGCGGCGCCGUUGAAGCUUGUCAAUGAUGCUGUUUUGAACCCAUUGCUGAGUCUCGAUUGCCCUGCGUUCAAGGAUAUGAGUAUGGAUGGGACAGACCUUCUUACUGGCCUUCUCCACAGAUAUCCGGGCGCAGGCAAGAGUGGUGUUGCAUUCUAG